CCUUCUCUCUCACCACAUCCCCAACUAAUACCCCAGACCUGUUACCCCUCCCACCUCAUCCUUCUCACUCACCACAUCCCCAACUAAUACCCCAGACCUGUUACCCCUCCCACCUCAUCCUUCUCACUCACCACAUCCCCAACUAAUACCCCAGACCUGUUACCCCUCCCACCUCAUCCUUCUCACUCACCACAUCCCCAACUAAUACCCCAGACCUGUUACCCCUCCCACCUCAUCCUUCUCACUCACCACAUCCCCAACUAAUACCCCAGACCUGUUACCCCUCCCACCUCAUCCUUCUCACUCACCACAUCCCCAACUAAUACCCCAGACCUGUUACCCCUCCCACCUCAUCCUUCUCACUCACCACAUCCCCAACUAAUACCCCAGACCUGUUACCCCUCUCACCUCAUCCUUCUCACUCACCACAUCCCCAACUAAUACCCCAGACCUGUUACUCCUCUCUCUCCUCCUUCCAGCCAUGCGCCCAUCCAACUCUGUGACCUUUGAACCCGGGGUGGAGCGAGGUGUUCCCUGGGGUCAUGACCUCUUUACCUUUGUGACAUCAGCAGCAGGCCACAUGAUGCGGACACUCCAGAGACCAAGGAAGAACCGGCCGUCCAAACGUCAAGUGAACCACCGGCGCUUCCUUCACAACAUGAUCCAGAGGAAGUUUGCAGAGAUAGAGACAGCCAAUCACCAGCUUGCGUCUGUCCUCUUCUCAGCGGAGGUGGCGAAUAGCGACACACCUUCCCCAUCACGACAGCCAAUAACCACUGACCUAUCUAACAGCACCUCUAAAGAAGCUCCUGUAAGUGAAGAAGCAGACCUUUCCCUUUGUUCACAUGAAACUGAAGCCCUUGCAACAGAUCAGAAUGACCCUGGAGACCAAUGGAGACUCAACCCCAAACGACUCCAAAUGGACCAGUCCAACAGCAACACUCCAAGUAAAGGAACAUACCAAAAGACUCAUAAACAGGGGAGCAGAAUAGAAAAUCAAACUGACUACAGGUCAUCCAUAACAUCAGAGAAAACCAUUGUCUUAGAACAAGAGGGGGAACACUUUCACACAGAACCCUUCAGUUGUGAUAUCACUUCAGAGGAGAGCCUUUAUAGCUGGAUCGACAGCAUUAGAGAGAAAUAUGAAACACAACUCAGACGCGACUCAAAUUCAAACAUCACGGCCCCAACUCAAAACCAGAGGGCUCUACUCAAAACAUGGAUACCUCAACUUUCAACCCAUUACCCCUCUCGCCCGGACUCUCCCCUCUGUCCCUAGACUCCUGUGACUUUGGGGUCACAACGGUCGAAGACAACGCAGCCUGCUCCCAGUCCCAAAACAAUAUGGCAGACAGUGAGACAGUGGAGAGCCAGAGAAUGGAUGUGCUGAGGCUGUGGGACUCAGAGGUUGAACCACAGAAUGAUGGGGGGUUUAGGGACGGCAUGGACCCUCAUGCCCAUCUAGAGACCAUCUGGGGGUCUCCUGGUGAAGAGAGGAGCCUAGCCAAUAAUGUGCACGUUGAUGACAUCACGUUUCUGAACCAAUCUGAGAGUUUCAUAGAGAAGUUGAUGCUCCACACCAGCAGCAGCAGUGACGCUAGAUCUGAGAUGGAGCAGAUUGACUGUGAUAGAGGGCAGUAUGAAUACGGAUCUGGAUACGGAUGCUCUAUAGAUCCAGUAACAGCCAUAAGAGACUUCAUAAGUGGCCAGGGCAGUUCACAGUGUAUGUUGGAGAGUGCUGUGGGGAGACAAGGUACAGAUAGGCAGUUCACCUGUUUAAAUAUUACCCCAAACCAACUGUCCACCUCUGUAGGCUACCAUUGUGACUUCCCAGACCCCAACAUCCUCCAGAGGUCUUGUCCCCAACAAGAUGUACCUUCUCAUUGGUGAAUGAUGAUAUGAGUCAGAGUUGUAUUCCUUUGAGGGAGUGGCCAGAUCCUUCCCUGCCCCAGUUCACACCCCUCAUUCACAUCAGGUUCUAACCCCGCCCCUGGAAGAUGAUUGGUUGUUCACUGAUAUCAUGGGGGGCCCAUCAGUGUGAGUAGUUCAUCCCGCUAACGGCCAAAUUGCUGCAGUGCCACUAAAAAUGGGGAAUGAUACUUCACCUUAUAAAUGAUCUAUUGUGGUUCGACUGUAUUAGUGUAUUCACUUCUUUAUGUGUGUAAUGUUAACUUAUUGAUAAAUGGUGAAACGUAAUUAAAUAGGUCAGUCUCUCCUUACAAUAAAUUACAGUAAAUGUGUGCAUGUAACUGGGUGUUCACCAAACCAAUAAACAAAUUGAAACACACAAAAUGUCAAAACCAACAACAUAUAUUAAAGUUCACCCCAGUCAGAUAUGUUUUAUAAUUACAGCAUCAUAAACCAAAAAUGGCUUACAAACAACACAUUUCCAAAAUGUUCCAUUUCCACAGAAGCCAUAAAAGAAAGAAAAAUAACAAAAUAAUACAAUAAUAAUAACACCUUUGAAAAAGCACCGGUCUCGCUACAGAUGCACAGACACUUUAGUUCUCUGAUCACAUGCCAGGGGUCAGCCAAUAACCUUUAACCUCAAACCAACCUUCCUAUUACUUCCCCUGAAGACCAAACCUAGAUAGUUUAAAAUGUAGUGAUCUUAGUGUUCAAAAUGUGAAAACUUUAAAGUGACAGUUUGCAUCCAAAUAACAUUUAAAAAAUCAGCUCAGAUCUUUGACAAAUCAGUUAGAUUUACAUAUAAACCUGUAUCAUCUUCAGAGAGAUGGGACUGACUGAACCAAUGACAGCCGCUGAUAAUGUCUGAGUCUGGUCAAUUACUGCCCUCCUAGUGGUGCAUAUGUAAAGUGCAGAAUCGACAGUAAUUUACA